AUUCAGCUACUCAGUGACAGAAGAAAAAGAAAAGAGGGAAGACAGGAGUGACAGCAUCUCUAUGUGAGCUUGGCUGUGAGUCUGUGUGUGUGUGUGUGUGUGUGUGUGUGUGUGUGUAUGUGUGUGUGUACAUCAGACCGUCUGUGUCCCAGUAGGCAGCAGCUCACAGGUCAUCAAUGGAAGUGUCAGAUGAUCCAAGGUCGAGGGGGCCAGAGGAGGCUCACCUGCCCUGUGUGUCCCAUGUGAAAAGUAGCAGCUACAGUGCUGUCCAACAGCAGCGCUACUCUGCAUCGGUCUUUCUCAGACGCAAAGACAUGCAGGAAAAGAGCCAGCAGAAGUGCAUUGCCAUUUUUGCUCUUCUCUGCUGCUUUGCUGUGCUGGUGGCGCUGAUCUUUUCAUCUGUUGACUUCUGGGGGGACAAUGAGGAUGGUAUCACAGAGGAAAACUGCAGCAGAGACUGCCGCAUCAAACUUGUGGAGAACAUUCCGGAAGACCUCUUCCUUCCCAUGAAUGGCAGACCCCACCUCCCUCUCUCUGCUGGCUUACACACUCUGUUGGACCAGGCAAAGCACUCAGUCGAGGUGGUGUCACCUGUCUGGGCCUUAAACCCCAGAGAUCUGGAAACAACACCAAGCAAUGGCAAACAGGGUCAGCUUUUGUUCCAGAGGCUGCUCAGCCUGAAAUCUCGCGGGGUGAAACUCAAGAUUGCCAGCAGUCUGACCAACUCUGCUGAACUGAAGACCUUGGCAGCACACAAGGCAGAGGUUCAUUUUGUUAAUAUGACAGCUCUUACACGAGGGGGGCUACAUUCCUCAUUCUGGAUAGUAGACCGGAAGCACAUUUACAUCGGGAGCGCUGAUAUGGACUGGAGGUCACUCUCCAAGAGGAAAGAAUUGGGGGUGGUGGUGUUUAACUGCAGCUGUCUGGCUCUGGACCUCCAUCGAGUCUUUUCAUUUUACUGGCAGCUCCACGAGAGGGACUACAUCCCCUCCAUCUGGUCAAAGAGAGUUACAGCUCUCUAUGGGAGGCAUGACGCCCUGGAGCUGCAACUCAACUCAAGCCAGGCCACUGCUUAUUUGUCUACCUCUCCUGUAGUCUUCUGCACUAAAGAUCGCACCAGAGAUGUAGAUGCAAUCUACCAAGUCAUCCAGAGUGCAAAGUCUUUUAUCUUCAUAUCUGUGACAGACUACCUCCCUCUGGUGAACAGAAGUAUCAGAGGAACCCCAGUCACAAGGUACUGGUCACCUAUUGAUGAGAUGAUCAGAGAAGCGGUGGUACUGAGAGGAAUCAGAGUUCGCCUGCUGAUAAGCUUUUGGAAGAAGACUCACCCGCUCACCUUUAACUUUGUCACCUCCCUCAAGUCGCUCUGCAUGCAGCUGCUGAACUGUUCUAUCGAGGUGAGGUUUUUUAGUCACAAGGAGCAAAGCGAAGACAUUCAACAUGGGCUCAACCACAACAAGUAUAUGGUGACUGACAACGCUGUCUACAUUGGUAACCAUGACUGGGUUGGGAGCGAUUUCGCCAUUAAUGCAGGGGUUGGGUUGGUGGUUAAGAUGAGAAAAAGUCUUCAAGACAGAGAAGUGACAAUCCUGGAUCAUGCCAAGGCUGCUUUUGAAAGAGACUGGAGGUCACGUUACGCUAAGAGUCUGCAAGGAAACAAAGAUCAGCAGGGCAAAUACAGAAACCUGCAACAAGCGAAAAUUCACAUGGAGACUAAGGAAGAAAACGAGUGGAACAACCCUUUAUCUUUAUAAGCACAGAAUUUCUUUAGUCUAAUAACACUGAAUACUGUAGAUUGUACAACAUAUUUACACAAUAUGAGAAUGUGAUUUAUAGCUUAUAGUGAUAUUUUAAUACAUUCAAUUAAUGCCAACAAAGACAAUGUUGAGAAAAGUAUUUAACCCACUACAGCUGCAAGUGACACUACCUGAUGAAUGUUGACUGUUAUAUAAGCAUGCUAUGCUGCAUGAAUAUUGAAAGCAAUACUGAGAAAAGUAAUAUGUUGAUUAUAAAAUCAUUAUACUCUAUGUGAAACAUAUUUAAAUCCAGAAACAUCCCAUCAAACUCACCACACAAAUUCACUUUUAGUAUUUAAUGAUGAUGCACUAGUUUUGUUUACAUUUUUAAUAUGAAUUUUAUAAACUUUUUAAUACUUUUGGAUUUUGCAUAGCAUUUAGGACUUUACCUGUUACAUUACCUGCGAUUAUAAUGAAUUGAAUUUUUCCAUCGACACACAGGCUUAUGCAGUAGCUUUGCAGAUGUGACAACAGCUGUUUAUCAUCUCAUUGAAAAUGUUCGUCUGUCCUAAUAAAAUGCACCUCUUUCUUAGCUGUUGUUGUGUUUACUUGAGC